AUGGCCUCCUUUAAGGAAGAUGAACAGCAAAGAGUAAAGGUCCUCAUGGUGGCCAUGCACAGGAAGGAGAAGAAAGGUGAACUUGUGAAUGGAAAACUGUUCAGAGUAAAUCCAAGGUUCCAGGAAAAUAAUAAGCUAUUGACGUGUAUGUACUUUGAGAAUGAGCCGUCCCUCUCGCUUCUCUUGCAGGCUCCAGCUGAAGGCGAGGCGAAGGAGGAGCCAAAGAGAAGGUCGGCCAGACUAUCUGCUAAACCUGCUCCGCCUAAACCGGAGCCAAAGCCCAAAAAGGCAGCACCUAAGAAAGAAAAGGCAGCAAACGAUAAAAAGGAAGACAAAAAGGCAGCAACAAAAGGGAAGAAAGGAGCCAAAGGCAAAGAUGAAACUAAACAAGAGGAUGCAAAAGAAGAAAACCACUCUGAAAAUGGAGAUACCAAAACUAAUGAGGCACCAGCUGCUGAAGCAUCUGAUGAUAAGGAAGCCAAGUCCGAGUAAUGUUAACCCUGCCCUAUAUCUCCAUCAUUUGGUAUCCGUACCUCCAUGCUGUAUUGUUAACAGAGAGGAAUAUUUUUAUCAACUAUUUUAUAAAUGCAGGUUUUUUUAGCAUGAAUUUAAUUAUGGAACAUCUUCAUCUCGGUUACUUGGGAAUUGAAUCCCUAACAAACAAAACAAAAAAAAUAUCAUUGUUUUUAAAUUUUGUGAUUGUAAUAGUUUGUAUGGUACAUGGAAAGAAUAAGUGGUGGUAGCUUUUGACUUCUGUCAGUGUGUCCCUUUUUGUGUAAGUCAUGCUUACAGAGUUCAGAUUUUAAUUUUACCCUUGUAUGUGUUGUAUGGUUUCUUAAAGUGGGGAGGUCUCAAAACAAAUAACUGUGUUAAACAUUCCAGUGGUUCUGUGGGUUGCUUUUAUAAAGAAGGUGAGCUAUUUUCAU